GACUCGCCCCCACCCUCCCCAGGCCCCUCCUGCAGCGACAAGGGCGCUCCAUAAAAGCCCGGUGGCGACUGCCUCUCCGCAUCCCACCGGUGGCUUUCAUCCCUCAGAGAGGCGCCCACAGCAGAGCACCCGCCGCACAGCGACGCCAGCCCGCACGCCACGAUGCUAGGUAGCAAGCGAAUGGGGCUGUGUGGACUGACCCUCGCUCUGUCCCUGCUCGCGUGCUUCGGCAUGCUGGCUGAGGGGUACCCUUCCAAGCCGGACAAUCCAGGCGAGGACGCGCCAGCGGAGGACAUGGCCAGAUACUACUCGGCUCUGCGACACUACAUCAACCUCAUCACCAGGCAGAGAUAUGGCAAGAGAUCUAGCCCCGAGACCCUGAUCUCAGACCUCUUAAUGAGAGAAAGCACAGACAACGUCCCCAGAACAAGGCUGGAAGACCCUUCCAUGUGGUAACGGGAAGUGAAACUUACUCACCUGACUUUUCCUACUUUCCGCCCACAUCUCAUCUCGUCCUGUGAAACCAGUCUGCCUGUCCCACCGAUGCAUGCAGCGGCGGCACUGGAUUCUUCACCAUUUCCUUUGUUGUCAUUGUAUAUAUGUGUGUUUAAAUAAAGUAUCAUGCAUUCAAAAAAUGUGUUC